AGAACUUCUAUUACGCAUUACUAAUUACUAUACUUGUAAUUUAUUUAUUCGUAACAAAAGUUAUUUAGAUAUAGUAAGAAAUACAAUCAGGCACCACUACAAGUACUAAAACCUAUAUUUAUAGGUACCUAGCCUAUAAAGGUACCUAUCAAAAUGUUUAUUGAUCCAAUGCAAGUAGAAGAGAGUACCUAACGCGUACCUAUUUUACAAAUGGCUUCGAAUAUGUAAUGGUCAUAGAAGAUAAUUUAUAAUUUUUGCCGUGUGUGUGGUUUCUAAACUGGUUAUUUAAAUGUCAAUCUUGAUUCUAUUCAGUCAAACGAUAUUUUACGACUUGUUUAUGUGAACUUUGUACAUUUUUAAGUUGUCGAAUCAGAAAUUUGAUUCGGAUAAGGCAGCCAGUAGCAGCGGGAAGUGAUACCACUUUUUAAAGAAAAUGUCGCUAAAUAAACUAGUAGGCGGAGACUGUGGGGGGAACAAUUCUUUGGUGCAACUAUCGAAUAUUGUGCGUCGUGAUGCUGCUCUACAACAACCACUCUCACAAGCUGACAGGUUUGUUAACGAAUUCAUGGCACAGAAUUCUCAGACACCACAAACCUUUAAUAUGAAUACUCUUCUCAAUAAUUUGCCUCAAGAUAAAACUACCAAAACUACACCUGGUCCCUCGACAUCAUCAUACGUUCCAAACGUUAAUACUCACAUGAACAGAUCAUGGACAGCAGGCCCAUCUCCUUCUUAUAUGACACACAGUGUCAUGCCCAACUAUCCCAUGUUGCAGCAUCCUAUGCUACUCCCGCAAGCAAUGGCAAUGCCCAAUCCACAAAUACAAUUUAUCAAUGAAGCUGCAGUUGCAAACAUGGCAAGUGCUGAUGUCCAAGCUAAAGCUCAAGAGUAUGUUAAUACUAUGAAGAAAGACAGUGACUUGGAAUAUAAUGAAUUCAUGUCCUUUAUGAAAAAAAUAAGUGCUGGAGAAAUCCGUUUAGGCGAAGAUCCUGGCCCAGAUCAGGCACAAAGAAAAAUGAGCAGAGAGGAUAUAUUAGAUGAAAUGAGUGAAAAAUACAAAGAAGAGUGGGAUAAACUUAGUGACGUUAAUAAUUACUGGGACUCUGAAACUGCAAAUGGGAUUGCUAAAGAAUAUGCCUUCUCUGAAGGUAAUGUUAUGCUGGAAAAUAAAAGUGCUUUGGAAAUCGGAAAGGAAAAAUUGAAAAUGGGUGAUGUUCCUGGAGCUGUCUUGUGUUUCGAAGCUGCUGUACAACAGCAACCAGAAUCAGCAGAGGCCUGGUUUCUUCUAGGUACAACACAAGCUGAAAAUGAACAAGAUCCUUGGGCUAUAACAGCUUUGAAAAAGUCUUUACACAUUGAUCCUACACAACUGGAAGGAUAUAUUACAUUGGCAGCAGCAUAUACCAAUGAAAACAUGCCUAAGCAUGCUUAUAUCUCUUUAAUUAACUGGUUAAAGGCCAGUCCAAAAUAUUCUAAUCUUGUGCCUGAAGAUAUAGAUCCAAUGAAAUUGGAAGUCAAGGAGUUGGAGCGUCAUGUUAAGUCAUUGUAUCUUAAAGCAGUGCAUUCAAAUGGUAAUGAAAUUGACCCAGAUGUCCAGAAUGCUAUGGGUGUAGUGUUCAAUAUCAGUCAAGAAUACGACAAAGCUGUUGACUGUUUCCAGACAGCAUUGAUGGUUGCAAGCGAUAAUGCAAAGCUAUGGAACAGAUUAGGAGCCACUUUGGCAAACAGUGACAAGUCAGAGCAAGCUGUAGAUGCAUAUCGCCAGGCUUUGGGUUUGGAACCUGGAUUUAUACGAGCUAGGUACAAUGUUGGAAUCACUUGUAUGAAUUUAGGGGCUCACAAAGAGGCUGCAGAGCAUUUCUUAGUGGCACUCAACCAACAACAUAAAGCUAAGAGCAUGUUUCCAGAAUCAGUUGCUACUGACACUAGUUCUUCAACAAUUUGGACAACUUUGAGGAUGGUGUGUGCCUUCAUGGGAGAACAUGACAUUGCAACUUUAAUUGAUGAGAGGAAUUUGACUGAACUGAAUAAAGCAUUUCAGAUUGAAUAAAAUGUAACCACAUUAUUUGGAGUUGGGAAAUGUCUUUCUAUUAUUUUAUAUACAUAUAAAAUGUAUCCAAUUGACUUGUAAAGUUAGCAACUGAUUUUUAAAUCUUCAAUACUUUCCGCAUUAUUUUGUAAUAUUACAAAUUGGGUGAUAAAUUAUUUUAAUGGAAUGGGACUGAAA